AUGUCAUUAUCGAAGCAAGAUGUAGGAAAGAGCCGAACGGAAAGCAAGAAAAUCAGAAGAGGAAGCAGACAGGAAAAAAAAAACCUUAUUGACUCAGAUUCUGAUGAAGAUUCUUUUCCUCCAAAAAUAAGAAAAGCCACAUCAGUAAAGAAGGAGGAGAGUUCAAAAGCUAAGAAAAAUAGAAGACCAAUCAGCUUAGAUUCAGAUGAGGAAGAAGUUGUGCCCAGGAAAUUAAAAAAGUCUACCAAACAGACAGAAAAUGUAGCUUCUAAAGAGGUCCAGCAAGUUAAAGAGAGUCCAGUCGAGCCUAAAGAGAAAAAAGCAACUUCUGCACUUGAUUUCUUUGGUUCUACUUCAGUUGAAAGGGAAUCCAGGAAAACAUUUGCCAAAAGAGAAAACAGAGAUCUGAUGAGUCUGAAGAAAAUGAAGACUCCAAAGUGAAUAGAGAAGAAGAGUACAAGAAUGGGAGAGAAAAAGAAGGAAGAGAAAAUCGGAAUGUCAACUGUCACACAACGAGCAACCAUCAAAGAAAAGAAAGGAAGACCUUCCAGAAUCAAAGUCUGAGGUUAAAAAGCCUUCCCCUGAGAAGAAAAAGGAAGUACCAAAGACAACUCCUGCCAGCAAACUGGCUGCCAAAGCUGCUACAGUUCCAGAAACUCCAGUUAGAGACUCAAAACCAAGUCCAAAGAAAACUGUUACUCCAAAAAAGGA